UAGACCGUGACCUCGACCUUCACUGAAGCGACGAUGCAGUAAUCAGCCGCAUCAGCUGAAAUGCAACUUCGCUCCUCCGCAGCCUCGGCGCCUUCUGAGCUUGACAUGGUAGCCUCGUGUGGCUGGGCCAGGCAAACGCCCAAAGCUGCUAUUGUGGGACAAUUGGCGUCUCUCGCACCUUUGGUGUCUUGACCGUCCGUAUCUCUUCUCUCUUUAAUGGUAGUCUCGCAAUCUAUUUAGACGUGCUGUGAAAAUCAUUGUCAACCAACCAUGACGGACCGACACAACCCAAGACUCACUGAACCCGGCAAUGCUAUUCCUGCAACCGGGCAAUCGGUCGAACAGAUAUAUCGCAAUGAUGAACAACCAUUGCCAAAGUCCUCUUCAAAGCCGCCAGCCUUACCAAGAAACUACAGUGUUGGAGGGCAAGUUCCCCAGACAGAGAAGCCCCAACUCAUCCUCACCCGAAGCUACGCAAAUCAGAACCAAGGCAAUCGAGAUGUGCGACUGCCGGUGACAGCCAGAGAAUCUUCGAAUGCGCAGGGGCAACCGCCUGGUUCAUACCCCACAGAUCACCAAUACCCACCACCACCACAAGAAAAGUCUCAUAGUAGCAAGGGUAGCAAGUUUAGAGGGAAAGUUGGAAGUUUUUUCAAUGGAGAUUCCAGCCACGGUCAACGUCAGGAUGACGACCGUACUCGCAAGGACGACUAUUAUCGCAAGGAUGAUUACUCUCGCAAGGAUGAUUACUCUCGCAGGGAUGAUUACUCUCGCAAGGGUGGUUACUCUCGCAAGGAUGAUUACCCUCGCAAGGACAACCGUCCUAUCGAGGAUGACUAUGCCAAAAUGGAGCGUUACAGGGACCAAAGAAACGACCUACAGCAGUUGUACGACGAACUUAAAGAAACGACUAGGGAGAGAAUACUGGGGUUGGAAAAAGCACUACAAACGGAGCAAGACACAGUCAAGGUUAUCAAGCUAUCAGCCCAUGAGCUGCAAAAGACCAAAGACUCCAAGGAACUCGUCUUUGGAGUGCAGGAAACUGACGAUGUCAUCCGUUCGAGGUUUGAGUCUUUGCUCGCUGACAUUCGUACCUGGGCUUCCGGCUUUUCCUGCACUACAGGACAGGAGCUGCAUUUAGAAGUGCAAAAGCAUUCAGAGUAUCGGCAAGUAGCUCCAUCCUGCUUGACACUAGAUCAACUAGACGAGGCAGUCAAGAGCGAAAGGCCAAAGCAAGACAAGAAGCAGAAACGGCAUUUCAUUCGCGGUUGGACAUCGUACGUGAUGAUCAGGUCGCUGUUUCGCAUCCUUAACAAACAAGGGCCCAGCACUGGUGAAGAUGUCGGGCCUUCCGAAGUGGACCUGGAGGCGUUUAGGCGCCUUGAGAACAAACUCUGGUAUACAGACGAUAACGUCAUUUCUCAACGCUCGUUUAACGACUGGCGAGCCUUGACUGUUCACCUUCUAUCCGAAGCAACCGAACAUCCCUCACGAGAGGAGCGCGUUCAAGUUGGAAGUGAACUUGCUGCCCAAGCAGUCAUGGAUCUUGUCCACGUCUGGGCGGACGCCGACAAAAAGCAGGAUCUUACCGCGAGUCUUAUCAAUAUCUUCAAAGACGCGCUUGCCUUCUCGCAAUUCCUACGCCAGCAACGGGCACUAUGGACCCCGAGGCUCCCAACAAUGCUCUCUCAUGAAGGGCUGCUAAUGUUUGAUGCUGGGUGUAUGAAGGACGACAACUUGAGCGAUGAUGAGGACGAUGACCGCAUCGGUGGUGCACGGCACAGACAAAAGUACGUCCAACUUGUAAUCUCACCUGCUUUAUAUAAGAGAGGUACUACGGAUGGAGCAAAGUUUGACUCGGAGCGGGCUGUCGUCCCUGCAAGAGUUACUGUGGUUACGACCUAAUGCUAUUUGGUUGGUAUUUUAGUGUUAGAUAUAGCAUUCGUUAUGUGUUGAGCGACAUUCUUUACUAUUCUCUGUGCAU